AGUGUUGCAUCUCAUAUUGAAAGCAUGGAACUAAAAAGGAAAGAAGAAAGACUUAAAAUAGAAAGCAAGUUAGAUGAGAAGAGUUAGUUAGAAAAGUUGUUAUUUCAGUUUAUUUUUGUUACUCUGUUAUUGUGUCAUUGAUGUGUUAUAAAUAGGACUCAAGUCUGAUGUAAUUUUUUAGUUUUUCUUUUCUGCAAUCCAUUUUCUUUUGCAUCCUCUGUUUCUUGGUGUUUUUCAUCAGUUUCAGGUUCUUCUGAUUCUCAACAUGGUAUCAGAGCCAAACCCUAAAGCUUCCGCAACCUAAAUCGAUCAAUUUCUUCUCAACUUCUGCCUUGCGAAAUUCUGCUCUGGAAUUCUUGCAUUGAUUGUCUUCCAGCUUCUUGCAUUUUCUUGAAUAAAUUCUUGAAAAUGAGUUUUGGUGAUUCUCCUCUUGUCAAUCCCUCUCCUGUGCUUCCUUCUUCAUCUAAUUCUUUUAAUCAGCCUCCUAUCAAUCCUUCAGAUGACUCAUCGAGCCCGUAUUACCUACAUCCAAGCGACAAUCCUGGUGCUUUGUUAGUAUCAGAAAUCUUCAAUGGAGAAAACUAUGUUGCAUGGAGUCGUUCGAUAGUCAUUGCAUUGACAGUCAAAAACAAGGUACAAUUUAUAGAUGGUUCAAUUGUUUCUCCCUCUAUUGAUCAGCUUGUUAAACACACAGCAUGGUUAAGGGCAAAUAAUCUGGUUCUUUCUUGGUUGAUGAAUUCCAUUUCAAAAGAAAUACGAAAUAGCUUGCUGUUUGUGGUAUCUGCUGUUGAUCUUUGGACUGAGCUUAAAGUAAGAUAUCUCAGGAGUGAUGGACCAAGGGUUUUCCAACUUGAGAAAUCUUUGAGUUGCAUCAGUCAAGGUGCUUUGUCUAUUACUGAAUAUUUCAGUACCUUUAAGACCUUUUGGGAUGAGUACAUUAGCUAUAGGCCAUUUCCAACAUGCACCUGUGGCAAGAUGGCAACAUGCACUUGUGAACUUUUCAACUUUCUACAAAUCAGACAGCAAUCUGAUUAUGUACUCAAAUUCUUGGUGGGGUUAAAUGAUUCUUAUGCCUCUAUCAGAAGCCAAUUGCUGCUAAUGGUUCCAUUACCAAACAUGUCCAAGGUUUUCUCUCUACUGCUUCAAGAAGAAAGUCAGAGGCAACUCACAAAUUCUGCUACAUGUAAUGAGACUCAUGCUUUGAUGGCAAAGCAAUCCAAUCAGCAGAGUUACCAGCCACAAUCUUUCAAGGACAAACCAAAGAAAUCUGCCCUACACUGUACUCAUUGUGGCUAUAAUGGUCACACAGUGGACAAAUGUUUUCAACUUCAUGGUUAUCCCCCUGGCUGGAAUGGACCAAAAGGAAAAAGAAAUAUGGCUUCUGCUCAUGCUGCCAUUACUACUCCAAAGGUUCCCAAUCAAAAUAGCAAUGAGCAACAAAAGUUUUGUUUCACUCCAGAGGAAUUUCAUAAACUAGUGGCGCUUGCAAAUUCAGUUCAACCCAAUUCUUCCAAUCAGAAUAAUGUCCAACCAGCUGUUAACCUUGUCACCACCUCUCACUUUUCUGGACCAGUCAAUGGAGAAGAUGAUUGGGAUUGCUCUUGAAAAAGAAGGACUUUACCAUCUAAUUCCAGCUUCAUCACAAGCUAAAACCUGCAAUUCAUUUCAGUUUAAUUCUGCUCCUCUUGCUUUGUCCUCUAUUCACAAACACUUAGAUAUAUGGCAUUGUAGAUUAGGACAUGUAUCUAGUUCAAGAUUCCAUUCCCUCAAACAGAUUGACUCUGCUAUCACUCUUGAUCAUACAAAUGUUUGUGACAUAUGUCCUUUAGCAAAGCAAAGAAGGCUUCCUUUUUCUGUAUCACAGAGUAAUUCUAAUAAAAGUUUUGAUUUGAUCCAUU